UUAUUUUAUCGUAAAUUUAAUUCUAUUUUUUUCUCUUCAGCUCUAAUAGAUGGAAGCACUUCAAAAAGAAGAUGAAGAUUUUUCGCAAACUUUUAAAAUAGUAUUAACGGGUGGCCCAUGUGGUGGUAAAACAACUGGACAAUCUAGAUUACAUAUAUUUUUUGAAAAUAUUGGUUGGAAAGUAUAUCGAGUUCCAGAGACGGCCACACUUUUAUUAGGUGGCGGUAUCUCAUUUGAGUAUCUGACAAAAAAGCAGGCUAUUAAAUUUCAAGAAAAUUUAUUAAGAACAAUGAUGCAACUUGAAAAAUCCUUCUUUGAUGUGGUAUGUGUUAAUCCACAUGAUAUCAAGUACAUAGCUGAAAAAAACACCAAAAAUUAUCCAGAAGAAGCUUCUCAAACUGUUAAUAGGGAAUUUAAUUAUUCUGGUGUUAAUAAGACUUCAAUUAAUCACUCCAAUGCCUUACCUAUAAACAAUUCUUCCCAAAAAACUAUAAUUAUAUGUGAUAGAGGUACUAUGGAUCCAGCAGCCUAUAUGAAAGAAGAGGAGUUUAAUUAUAUAUUGCGUAAAAAUAGUUGGACCAUUCCUUUAUUGAGAGAUAAUAGAUAUGAUCAAGUCAUACACAUGGUUUCAGCUGCUAAUGGGGCUGAAGACUUUUAUACAUGCCAGGGAAAUGCUGCUAGACAUGAAGGUUUAGAUAGAGCUUGUGAAGUUGACAAAAAAACUGCUGAUGUUUGGAUUGGCCACCCCUAUUUUGAUAUUAUAGAUAAUAGUACAGGAUUUGAAGCAAAAAUCCUUCGACUUAUCAGUGUUGUUUGUCGCAGAUUAGGUAUUGAAACUGGUGAAAGUUUGAAAAUCUUAUCCCGAAAGAAAAAGUUUCUAAUUAUAAAUUUUAAUGAAGAUGAUCCCACACUAUUAAAAUUAUUUCCUCCUAAUCAGGUAUUCACUGUUGUACAUGAUUAUUUACUCCCACCAGAUAGUGAUGAUAACCACUCUAAAAAUAUGUUACACUAUAAAAAAUUACCACAGAUAAGGUUACGUAAGCGGGGAAUUUUAACUGAUGGUAAUAUGGAUAAUUAUAAUACUAUAAAUAAUCACAAUUUUACAUUUACUCACACUGUUAGAAAACCAGAAAUUAAAGGCCAAGCUAUUGAAAUAAAAAGACAAAUUGAUGCAAGGGAAUAUUCCUAUUUAUUGCAAUCACAAAGAGAUAGAUCUCAUUUCACUAUCUAUAAAACAAGACGUUGCUUCUUAUAUGAUAAUCAUUAUUAUAGAUUGGACGUGUAUCAAAAACGAAGUCCAAAAUCAUGCAAAGGUUUAGUAUUAUUAGAAACAUACACUACAAAGCCUACUAGUCAAUUGAAGCUCCCAAAUUUCUUAACCAUGGCUGAGGAAGUUACUGGAAAACCAGAAUAUUCAAUGUGGAAUUUAUCUUUAAAAGAUGAUAAAAAAUUUGACUCAAAUGUUUUAAUGGAUUGUAACCAAAAUGAUAUACAAAUUCAGCAAUUACAAAUUAAUGAGCAUUAAUCUGAACAAUAUUUGAUUAAAUUUUUAAUAAUGCAAUUAUUUAAGGUAGAAUUCAUGAUUCUCUUGAUU